GUCUCGGCCAUGAUGAUGAUGGAUAGGAGAUUUAGCAGGGAGUCCUCGAGAGAAAGCAAAGGGUCUAUAACCCUGCAAAAGAAAAUUGUUGAGAGUCGGAGACCAAACAAAACCAAAAAUGUACCAGACCUCACAGAUUUCAUGAAUGACAUGUUCUUUGGGACCGUGGACAAUGACAAGAGAUCCUAUGACUUAACUGGGGGCCAUUCGGAAGACGAAGAAGAAAGUUUCGAUGACAGUACAAGGAGCAACAGCAGUAAGUUAACUCAGGAGUGGCUAGAAGAAGCUAGACGUAUGGUGGCGUCAUCUCCUUCGAGGUGUGAAUCCCCUUCUAGACUAGUUGGAUCACCGAGGUUUGCAGCCGUUCCUGGCAGGCUGUCGUCAGCCUCUAUACUUGAUAGGAGGGACCCACUCUCAAGGUCUGCUAGAAGGUACAGAUCAAUGGAAGCUUUCAGUGGAGAAAUACUAACCAAAUCAGCAAAACAUAGCCGUAAUAAAUCAGAAUCAUUAGUCGAGACUCCUGCAGAGCCAUCCCCAGCAUCACAAUUCCAAGGGUGGUUCUCCAACAUCCUCAAACCACCCUGUAAUUUCAAAGCCCCGGUUCCAGACCCCAGCAGCCCCCACCAAUCCAACGACCGUUCCUCCCCACUCUUGGAUCCACCGGCCCUGAAUCUGCCACCUCGGUUGUCAUCAUACCGAAAGUCCCGGUUCCAAACUGAGCCCCCGGCGACCACCCCUCAGGGGAUUCCAGUCACUUCACGUAGAACUUUCAAGCCAGCUCCAAUAUUACGACAAGACAUUCAUUUGCUUUCUCCACCAAAGAAUCUUAUUGAGUCAGCUCAAAGGAGAUCAAUGUCAUCAAACAAAUGUUCCAAACCAGAGACUCAACCGCUGUCCCCACCAAAGAAUCUCAUGGAGUCGGCUCACAGGAGGUCCAUAUCAAAGUCUACUUGUUCCAUUGAGAAAGUUGCGCCAAAGCCUAUUGUAAGUGGGUGCAAAAAGGAAGAAGAGGGAGAAGAAGAUUUAAGUCUUAAUGGAUUCCUUAAAGAGGAAAAAACCAAGAUUGAGAAGAUCUUGAAUAGGGAGCUUGAUUCUAAGGCCAAAAUCAUCCUUUCUGGUCCUCCAAACGGUACUAGCUCAAUGGUAGCAGCUAUAUGCUACGCGUUGUUGUUGGCAAAUAGAUUGACGAAGAAUAAAGGAAAUGGUGAGAGAGAGGGAACUGUGGUAUUCCCUGUGAUGAAUACAAGGAGAGGGAGAAUGUGGAAGCAGAGACAAGCUGCUUGGUUAUUCCAACAUGUUGGCCUUGAUGCUACCUCAUUGCUCUUCGCUGAUGAGGUGGAUUUGGAGAGUCUAAUGAUGGAAGGGAAAUUAAACAUUCUUGUUGUUGGGCAAGAUAUCCUCAGAACUAACGGCGAGGUUGGAUCACAGUGCACUAUUCUUACCGAUAACUACUGUGAAGAUGCCUAUGAUCUACUUCAAACUCCAGUGCUGAAAAAGCUUUUGCUUGCAGGUAUCCUGUUAGACACACAAAAUUUGAAUGCAUCUGCUACCUGUUCUAUGACAAGAGAUGCAGAGGCAGUUCAGUUGCUUCUAGUUGGCUCAACCCCAAAAUAUAGAAAUGCCCUUUUUGAUCAAUUGAUGCAAGAUCAAAGAGACAGCUCCUUUAUUGAAGCACUAAGGCACAACUAUGGAAAGCCCCCCAGCGAGACUGAACAUAUAGGUGGUCGUGAUAAUGGAGCACAAAUGGACCAUAGAGGAACAGAGAGCAGGCCAACCCCUGUCCCUCGACAUGAAGCCAUCCCACAGAAUUCAGAUAAAAAUUCUAAUAAUGUGAGAAAUGGGAAGCCUAACAAUACAACAAAAGCAGGUCCUUGCAGCACCGAUAGAAGCAAGUCCUGAUGCCUCUCGCGGAAAGAACAAGUUCUUCCUGGCAAAGUGGUUUGGUUUUGGUAAAUAAAGAUCAUAAAAACGUUGAUUUGUGACGAGAUUAGAUUUUUUUUAAUGGACAGCUAGUUUCCCUGAAGAAAAAUCUGUUAUGCCUAAUUUAUUAUAUAUUUUUUUUAUUGUUUUUUUUGUUGUGAAAGAACUAAAUAGCCAUUGGCAACAUCAUCUCAUUGUAGCAAUCGUUGUUGAUGGCGGCAAUCUUGUUGUUUACAAAUAAUUGUUUCCACUUGCUAGUCCAUCAAAAGCAAGUAUUUUGUCGCCCAUAUUCUUCAGCAUAAAUACAACUACUAUUAUUAUUAUUACACCUUAAUUUAGCCAUGAUCCUGUAAUUAUUUAUGUUUAUUGCUGCAUCAUUCUAUAAUGACAAGCUACUGCUCAGAAAUAGUUUAUGGAAAGGGAAAAAGGGAGGAGUAAACAAAGAUAGGGAAAAAGGUUAUAUAUGCAUAAAAACUUGCAUGUGCUCUGCGUCAUCCAUAGCCCCUCUAUAUCCUCCCCUAUGCCCAUCAUCACAUGCAUUUGCAUUGUUUUGCCGGAUACAGACAUUCAGUAGCCUACUGAAAACAUGUCAUAUAGCUUUUUUCCUGUAUAUAAAAUUAAGGCACUCCACAUACUACAUAUAAUUUGAAAGCAAACUUCUCAUAUUUCAAGACCAGAUCAAGUGAAAGAGAGAUAAACGAAAAGAUAAUUUUGGAGAAAAGUGAACAGGAAGAUGCCUCUAGAUGUGAAAUAAUAUUGGCCAUGUUAUCUGAUACAAUCUGUCUUGUCCAAUUAUGCCCACUUGUUCAUCCCCAGCUGUAACUAACUCCCAGCCUCUCUCUUGGAUCCCAUUUUCUUUCUCAACCCAAUCAUCUGUCACUCUCUUAACCCAAUCUGUAUCCUCACCACCCCAUGCUGCUGGCCCAUCCCAUGGAGACCCCAUAUUUCCUUUCCUUUUUACAGCCUUAUUCUUUUGGAUGUUGAUGACGAUGGAGCAUUGGCGCUACUGUCAUUCAACUUUCCAAGCAUAGAGAAACAAGCAAAAAUCAGAUGAUCCACCACCUGCAUUUAGCCCCUCUAGUGAACCAGAACCUCCUGUCUGGGAGGACAAUGGUGUAGAUGUCGAUGAAGAUAGUGUAGGUGAUGAAGAUGAAGUUGAUAGCAAUGAUAGAGAUGUGCAUGACAUUAUUGGCUUAAAGAUAAACAAAGCAUGCCUUAAACCAGGACUAAAUAGCCAGUCAUGGAUAUCCCAGUAUACCUCUACUCUUAGUUUACGAAGGUUAAUAUACUCGUUACCUCUAAAUUUCCAUUGAAGAUGCUUCACAUGAAUGACCAAAUGCCCAUCUAUCCUUAUCUCCAUUUCUGGUUCAUCCCCAUUAAUAGAGUUGCCAUUACUAACAAUAUUGCCACUAUUACUUCCGUUCUUGCACUCUAUUGAGAUCUCAUGAAACCGACCUUUCUCAUGGAACUUGAUUCUUGUAGCGAACUUCUUCUUGCCAAAUAUGUGCUCCUUUCUUGAAACCAAAAUGGGAUCAAUAAGAGCAGGCCGACACCCAGUUUUCCUGUAAGCAUCCUUCUUUAGAUCACCAAGAAGAAGCACAACCUCUUCGUCGCAAACAACAGCAACAUAAUACUCAGAAUUAGGCUCAGUUUCACCAUUGAAUUUAGCAGCCUUGAGGUCCCAGAAGAUAUCCACAGCUUUACCCUCCACUACAAACCGUUUGGAGCCUUGUUUCCUCCAAAAAUACCAAGGCUUCAGCUCCACUUUGCAGGUGUACUGACUCUCUCCUUCAGGACCUUCUACUGAUACUGAUAGACCAUGGAGUAACAGAUUCUUGCACCAUGUUAUUGUGAUCAAACGACACUGAUCGGCAAUCUUUGUACGAUAAGCAGACAUGAAAACACUCUGCCCUGACCUGGUUACAGUGGCAGGAUCAUCAGCUGCCUUCUCACCGGAUGUAAAGCAAGCAGGAAUCCCAAUUGGAUGGUCUUGCAUUGCAAUUAACUUGAAAAUCUGCUCUCUUUCAAUGAACCACAGUAAUUGGGGGCGUAGCCUAGUUUAGAGCUGCAGGAAGUGAACAGCAAAUAGAAGUGAGACAGCAAGAUGAGAAUUAAAGAGAGAGUUGGG